AUGAAUAAUUUGUUGUGUCAAAAAGCAAAUAGAAGCGCUGGCAAAGGAAAGUCUACUUUAGCAAACGUUUUAACUGGAGUUGAUGAAUUUGAAGAAAGCACAAAACGCAUUCAUGGAACUGCCGAAGAAUUUGAAUACGAAGGAAUGAAUUAUCGUGUUAUUGAUACAGUAGGAAUUGGUGACUCUGCCGUGACAAAAGGAGAAAUAUUAACUAUUUUUGAUGAUCAUGUAAUAGAUUAUACUACUAUUGCUUGUACUAACUUUCCUGAUUUCGAAGAUCAUGAUGCUUCGACUAUUGGUUCAACGGUUGGUUCAGUUCCUGAUUCUAUCACAGUUAUGAAGAAAAAUUAA